AUGCCUCCUCCCCACCAGCACCAGGAUCACCACCGUACACAAGGUGGUGCAUCACCACCAAAACGAAAUCAAAAACUUCUUUCCUUUAUCCUCAAAGCCAUAAUAAUGACUGCUAUAACAACCCUUUUUUUCCUGUUCCUUGGUGUAGCCGCCAUCCUCCUCCUCAUUGCCACCGCCGCACUCCACCGCCACUCGACUCCAUCCUCCAUUUCCUUACAUGGGUUGUCUCUCAAAGAUUUAAAGAAGCUCUCAAGAUUCAGAUUUUCGACUAAGACAAGACCUGAAAUGGGUGCUGAUCAAACUUCAUGUGUGGUUUGUCUUGAAGAGAUAAAGCAAGGACAGUGGUGUAGAAAUCUUGUUGGUUGUGGUCAUGUGUUUCAUAGAAAAUGUGUGGAUGCUUGGCUUGUUAAGGUUUCUGCUUGUCCAAUUUGCAGGAGACAAGUUGAAUUGGAUCAUGGGGUAAAGUGUAGUCAAUUAUGGGACUUCGGUUGGACAAAUGAAUUCAGGAGAUCUUCUCAUGCUGGUUCAACAAUGGUCCUAUCAGGAUUUGGGAAAACGGGGCGGGUAGGCUGGUGUGAUGAGCCUGAGCGGACUAUUCUGA